AUGGUUCUCUUCAAUCGUCUAGGCCUGGCCGAUACUCCUAAGGAGGUUUUCAAUUAUCGUCUAUUUUGGGCUGUGGGGGUCUUCGGUAUCCUUGGGGCGGGUAGAGGAAUUGACGAAGGCCUCGUCGGUGGCAUGAUCACAAUGCAAAGCUUCAAAGAGGAAUUUCUAUUGGAAAUGGGCUCCGCUGAAGAGGUCGCUAACCGCGAAUCCAAUAUUACAAGUAUGGUACAACUCGGCUCUAUAGGCGGUGCUUUGCUGGCGUUUCUUCUGUGUGAUCGCAUCGGUCGUGCAAGAUCACUUCAAGCACUCACUUUGCUUUGGGGUCUCGGCUUCGUAAUUGUGAUUACCAGUUUUGGCAACAUUGGACAAAUUCUCGCCGGUCGACUUUUGGCUGGUCUCGGUGUUGGUAUGACUACUGUCGUUGGCCCGACGUAUCUAGCAGAGGUUGCCCCAAAGGCGAUUCGUGGUAUGUUGACGAAUAUCUUUGCUGGUGCUGUUUACUUCGGUGUUAUGGUUGCCUAUUUUGCGAAUUGGGGUUGCUCGGAGAAUAUAUCGGGUUCUUCGCGCUCUCAGUGGGUGAUUCCGCAGUCAAUUCAUAUCAUGUUCGCAGGAGUCAUCUUCCUUGCAUCUUGGACCGUUCCAGAGAGUCCUCGCUUCCUUGUAAUGAAAGGAAAGGAUGAAGAAGCUCUGACGAAUCUCUGCACGCUACGCCAGCUUCCUAUGGAUCAUCCAAGCAUCACUUCUGAAAUUCUCGACGUCCGUGAUCAGCUGGAAAGGGAACAGGAAAGCACCCGAGGCUCUUCAUUCUACGGCAAACUAAAGGAACUUUUUACAGUUCCAGCAAAUCGCUAUCGUUUGAUGCUGGGUGUGAUGUCUCAGCUACUCGGGCAAUGGUCUGGCGCAUCAGCAAUUACUAUCUACGCAACCAGCUUCUUCGCUGCGCUUGGCAAGACUGGCAGAAGCGAGCAGCUCUUUGCCACAUGCAUCCUUGGUGUUGUCAAAUUUUGUUCUGCCUACAUCUGCGCAUUCUUCCUUGUUGAUUUCUUCGGUCGUCGUCGCUCCCUUUACACAGGAAUCAUGCUGCAGACUGUUUCCAUCUGCUAUAUCGCAAUUUAUCUGGCCAAAAUCCCAGCCUCGGCACGUGUCGACGACACGAGCGGUAUUACGGGAUCUGCUAAACGCGCAGGCAUUGGCGCAAUUGCAGCCAUCUACCUUUCUGGAUUUGGUUGGGCGAUGGGUUGGAAUUCGUUCCAAUAUUUAGUCAAUGCGGAGAUAUAUCCCAGUCGGCUGCGUGCCAUCGGGUCAUCUCUCGUGAUGUGCAUCCACUUCGCCAAUCAGUUUGGCAAUACUAAGGCUGUACCUAGUAUGGUCAUUGCCAUGACGAAUUACGGCUUCUUUUUCUUUUGUACUGCGGUAUGUGUCCUCGGCUUACUGUGGGUUUGGUUUUUUGUUCCCGAGACUGCUGGAAGGAGUCUUGAGUCAAUGGAUGCCUUGUUUGCUCUGCCUUGGCAUCAAAUUGGUCGCCAUGGGAAAGACCUUUCCCCUGUUGGCAUUGAUGGUUUCAACGAGGAUGAUCUGGAGAAACCCAACGUGAUUCAUCGGGAAUGA